UUGCAACAGCCCAGUACAAUGACCAACGUGACGAAGAAGUCGUUCUCGUUCCGCGCGCUCUUUGGCCUCCGCCGCAAGCAAAACAGCGCAAAACUGCACGACGACAACGAAGCCACCUCGGUGGAGACACCCGCAUCGACGCCCGCGUCGACUCCCCAGAGCAACUUGGCAACACACUUUGACGACGAGCCCGUAGUGGUGGAGAAGACACCCGUGCCCGUGAAGAUCCCAAUCACGUACUACUACAGCCAGACGACGUACGUUGGCGGAAAGAAGGUGCCAUUCACGCGCCUCCACGCCAAGCAGAACCGCCGCCGGCUCAUCAUCUACGAACGCAUUCACGAAGACCGCGCGUUCCUUGUCAACUGGCGAGGCGACUGAAGCUUCGCUUAGCUCUAUUUAUGCCUAGUAUCUAUCUAGUAAACAACUAUUUAUGACGACAAGAA